AUGGCCAGCGUCUCUGCUGCUCGUUUCAAUGUCCUAGAAGAGCUGCUGGGCCUUGAGGCGACAAACUUCGCCACCACAGAGGUAGAACUACCGCUGGAACGCCUCAAGUACCUUGCCUCGCUUCUUGAGUUGAGGCUGACGGAGGAGUUCGACGCCGACGUGGUCAUCCAGACGCCCACGAACAAGAAUGAUGGCACUGUCAUCUCGACAAGCGUCCUGAAGACGGAGAGCCUGGAGGUAUCGGUACCAGACAACAACCGCUUUGAGCAGGAUCGGUCUAAGAGCUCCAGCAAGGCAAGCAGCUAUGCCAUGAUGCCCGAGGACAACGACGUGAAUCCCAGCAUCGGAACUCCCGGGGGCUUCCGAGGUAGGCCGGCCGCGCAUGGGAAGGAGUAUGUCCCGCUUGGACGGCGGUUGAGGAAGAUCUCAGCAACUUGGGUCGGUUUCCCCAAGUCCUUCGUCACAGCCAAGGCCGGCAACACCAUCGUAAGCCUGCCGACGGGCGCAGGCAAGACGUUGGUGGCGGUGCUCUGCAUCGACCACUUCCUGGAGCAGGGAGCGAAACGUGUCAUGUUCGUCGUCCCAACCACGGUGCUCGUCAAGCAGCAGGCACAGUACUGUCGAGAUCGCUGCCAGCAGCGACACAGCGUGGCAGAGCUGUCUGGGACGAAGAUGGACUCAUGGACCAAGCUGAAUUGGAGCAGGUGCUUGCAGGACAAUGCAGUCCUCGUGGGCACACCAGAGGUCUUCCGUCGGGCUUUGGUGGACUGUGGCUUCAUCCAGGUGUUAGACUUCUCCCUGAUCAUCUUCGAUGAGUGUCACAAUGCCACUGGCAACUCGCCCAUGGCGGGCAUCAUGCGAGAUGCCGUGUGGACGCUUGCCCUGGGUCUCACAGACUGA